AUGGCUAGAGUCCUAUAUCUCAUUCUUUCAACCAUCUUUCUACCCUUUUCGAUUGUAGCACAACAAAUAAAUGGAACUGGUUCUGUACGGGUGGGUACAUCGCUCAUAGCAACAGAAAAUGGCAGACCAUGGCUCUCACCUUCGGGUGAUUUUGCCUUUGGGUUCCAACGAAUUCAGCAAGAUAGCUUUUUGUUAUCCAUAUGGUAUGACAAAAUACCUGAGAAGACCAUCGUCUGGUAUCCAAAAGGUGGUCCUAUGGUGCCUACAGGAUCAAAAGUUGAGCUAACAAAUGGGCGUGGGCUCGUACUGAGUGAUCCUCAAGGUAAAGAGAUAUGGACUUCUGGGUCCAAUAACUCUGAGCUUGCAUAUGGUUUUAUGAACGACACUGGUAAUUUUGUAAUUGUUGAUAGCAUUUCUCGCAAGAUCUGGGAGAGCUUUCGCUUUCCAACAGAUACCAUACUGCCUACUCAGGUUAUGGAGAGAGAGGAAGAGAUCAAUUCAAAGAUAAGCGAAACAAACUUCUCUAUCGGAAGAUAUCAGUUGACUUUGCUUCCAAAUGGAAAUCUUAUUCUUAGGAAGCGCGAUAUACCUUCUGGUAUAUUAUAUAAUGUCUACUAUAGUAGUGACACCAGCGAUGACUCCAAUACAACCAAUUCUGGUUUACAGUUGAUCUUUGAUGAGACCGGAUACAUGUAUAUUUCCAAUACUACCACAAAUCAUUCCCCAUGUAGUAAAUCCGUUGAUACUAAUCUGGCUCAAUUCACAUAUCAAGAGUUGGUUGAAGCUACCGGCGGGUUCAAGGAUGAACUAGGAAAGGGGGCUUUUGGGAUAGUUUAUAAAGGUGUAAGAGAACCCGGGCUCGUCCGUGAUACUAUCACGGGAACAAAUGAGCACGUGUUAAUGUCCACCGCCGGCAACAAUGAACCACCCCCUCCCCUAAUAGGGGUAAAAACCGUGGCAAUGAAGAAGCUAAACAAGGCAUUUCAAGAUGGUGAAAAGGAAUUCCAGACCGAGGUCAAUGCUAUUGCAAAGACUCAUCACAAAAAUUUGGUCGAACUUCUUGGCUAUUGUGAUGAUGGUGAUCAGCGGUUAUUGAUUUACGAGUACAUGAGCAAUGGCACGUUGGCAGGCUUUCUUUUUGGAGAUAUGAGACCGCGUUGGAAACUGAGGAGUCAUAUUGCUGUAGGCAUCGCAAAGGGACUUGCAUACCUUCAGGAAGAAUGUAGUACCCAAGUCAUCCACUGUGACAUAAAGCCUCAAAACAUACUUCUUGAAGACUGCUACAAUGCUAAAAUUUCUGACUUUGGAUUGGCAAAGCUUUUGAUGAUGGAUCAAAGUCGAACGAGUACUGGAAUAAGAGGAACAAAAGGAUUUGUUGCUCCUGAAUGGUUUAGGAACACCCCGGUCACGGUAAUGGUUGAUGUAUAUAGCUUUGGUGUGUUGUGUUGGGUUCGUAGGCUUUAG